GUGUGUGUGCCACCCAGCAACCAUCUCUCAUUAUAUAGGCAAGCUGAUUUCUAGGGUGCUGGGAAGACCAGACCUAGAAUGAUUGAGUGCAUGGAAAGGUGCUUGGGAAAGGGUUGGUGCCCGGGAAGAAGACACUUCUGACGGCAUUCUUCAUGGGACAGCACCGGAGCCUCAGAAAACCAUCUCCUUUAAAUGACCUCCAUGGAUGAAUCACAUCUGAGCAUCUUAUGAUAAUCUGUUUGAUUACAGAUCUGUAUGCUCUGCUUUUCAUCCAGCUUGCUUCACAGAAGUGAUCUUAGAGGGCAGGGAUGUCUCAGAACAACACUAGCAAAGAAGCUCCCGCCGCCACCCCGGGUGAGUGUCCUGUUUGUUACGAAACAUUUCAGUCUCCAAAAGUCUCACGCCGGAUGCUGAGCUGUGGCCACACAUUUUGUCAUGACUGUUUGGUCAAGUGUCUACUGUCACAUGAAGAAGGCCCUCUACAAAAUACCCUUACAUGUCCCAUCUGUCGCUUUGUGACUUUUCUCUGUAAUAAAAGGGACUGCCUGCCUUCCAAGCCAGACCUGAGUCCGCCCUCUUUGGAGUUGCCUCUCUCACCUUCCUUAUUGCCACUCACCUGUGGAGUGCCACCCAGCUCUGCAAAUACUUUGGUGGUUCCUGGCCAUUUUCUCUUUCCACUGCACACUUAUGACAGACAUCAAUGUCUGCAGAGGUAUCCUACCAUGGACUCCGUUGUACGGCCCACUGGCCUGGAACGUGAAUCUCAUAUCUUCAUUAUUACUCAGUAUGGAAUGCCACUGAUUGAAGAGGACUAUAUUACCAUAGCUCAAGAUCACAGCACCGGAGAAGCUCCUGACUCAGAGGCGUCACAAACAUGUCCUGGAAUGGGUUGCUUCCAGUCACCUAUUAUGAUGGCUGUUUUUCUUAUCUCUGCUGUUGCUCUGUUGGGGGCUGUACUUCCUUGGCUUCUGCUUGUGAGAAAUAAUGAGUAAUAUGUUGGAUGAAUCAUUCCAUUUCCAAGAUAGGACUAUUCCAUGAUCAAAAUUGCUCAUCGCUACAUCUACAGUAUGGAAGCCCAAAUGUUUGCAGGGUCCAGAUGGAUGGGAAGUCUAUGGAGGAACUGGGAAUUGCAGAAAAUGGUAUUUGUGUUAUUCUUCCCUUGUCAGGGUUAAUAGUAUCCUUACUUUAGAGAUGCAAGGAAGAUCACCAAGAGAAAUGAUUGAUCCUUAUACUAAGAUAGCUUCCACUACUAUUGCAUCGUCUUGUUUAAUUGUAUUGGUCUCCAACUCCAUGACAUCCAGGAAGCAGGUUAAUGGCUGUGCUAGUAAUUAUGGAUAUUGUAAUCUGAUCUAUUUGGAGGUUGUUGAGAUGAUGGAGGACAUAGGAUGACAAUUAUUCACGGUCUUAGUUAUAUGGCAGAUGCUUAUCUGUCCUUCCUCUGAGUUGCUCAAAACUUUAUGAAAGUUUUCCAAUUCCCAAUGAGGUCAGAUCAGAUUAAAGAUAGAAAUAUUUCUCAAGUUUAUCCAACAACAUUCCUUGCUGUUCCAGAAUUGAAAUCUUUCCUAUCAACACUCUUUAUAUCCCAUUUGCUUUUGGAGGUCAGCUUGAACUCCUGUGCACAGGGAGGUUGUUUUCACAAACUAUUCUUGCCUACUGAAAAAUUAAUUCUGCCUUUCAUUUCAGCCUCCACUGUAAUCAGAUAAAAAAUCCUCAAAAAAAGCUUAUUGCAGAUGAGACAGUAAGGAAAAUUUUGAGUUUAUUCCACUCAAAUUCCAACUCUCCCAUCACAUAGUUCUGCAAUAUUAACUCAACAGGAUUUUUAUCCUGUAGACUAGCAAGGCCUGAAUUUCUACAAAUAUAAUUGGGCAGAAGUGAUCUUUCGAGAUGUUUCAUUAUGUUCUGGGCAUAGAAAUUGCUACUUGCUUAUUCUGUUCUCAAGGCAAAACCACAGUGCAGGUGAGGCAGAUGUGGCUAGCUGGGAUGCUGUUAAGCCAGGUCUGAGCAAGAGCCAUUUAGAUGCAUUCUAUACUGUGUUGCUAUUGAUCUCUUCUGAUGCUGUGGUAGGCUACCUACUAUUGUACUACGUGUGCAAAGUAUUAGUCAUUGUCAUAUUUUAAAGCCAAAUUUAUGUUAUUUUUUGUAACUUCUGAGUUUUGUUUUCUACUUUUGAUAAUUGUUGUUAUAACUAAGAUUAAUAAAAUAUUCCAUUUUGGCUGCAGCCUUCGCAUAUAUAUGGUCUACUUUAGUUUUCAAGAGCAGUUUUACCAAAUUGUCUUUUCUUCAUUCCAAAACUUAAUAUUGCCAAAAUCUUUCCUAACUUGCCUAGGCAAGAAUUCCUUCUUGUGAAUCUCAGUUGAAUAUACAGUCAAUAAGUGCCCCUUAUGGGCAGUGGAAAGAACAUCACAUGUAUAAUUUCCAAAGCCAGCUUUCCCCAACCAGGCAAACUCCAGACUAACUAGGAAUCCUGGGAGUUGUAGUCUUAGUAUAUCAGGAGGUACCCGA